UGAAUCUUGGAGGCGGUUUUUUGCAUUCUGGAGCCGGAGUGUUCAGACGCAGAUGUUGUCAGGCGCGCCGCUGAGGUUGGCUUGGAGGCACAGAGAUCUUCUGGAAUACCGUGACCAGCGAGGUAUAUAUGCUGCUGAAUAGAGCAUCCCGUCUGCCUUUAGGACAUACGAGGCUUUUGUACACAACUUAGGCUUACUGCUUUUUUGGCAAAGCCUGAAUGUGUAUACAGUGAUGGCAACUCCAAGGAAUACUAGACGCUCCCAACUACGAAGCAGAAUUUCUCAAGGCAGUGAUAGUUACCAGACCAAUCUCUUAGCCUGGAAGGUAAAAGCAGAACCAGGCAACUCAAAGUGUGUCUUAAAAGACAGCAGUGCAGUGGAGGAUUCUACACAUGCUGAUGACCAAGCUGAAGAUGAUCUGCGAAUAGCAGUAGAAUACUUUCAGAGAGGUCCCAGGAAAGCCUCACUGAAUAAAGAAAAGAUCUUGGAAAAACGCUUGAAAACUUUGGAAAAUGUGGCUUGGAAAAAUGGCUUAGCUCCAGAAACAAUCGAUAUUUUAUUAAAUGUGGCACUCAGUGGCAAGUUUGGGAAUGCUAUAAACACACGGAUAUUGAAGUGCAUGAUUCCAGAAACUCUCAUAUCUGAAGAUUCUGUGGUUAAGGCGGUGUCCUGGCUCUGUGUUGGCAAGUGCUCUGGUAAUAUCAAGGUACUUUUUUAUCGUUGGUUGGUUGCAAUGUUUGACUUUAUUGAUCGUAAGAAGCAAAUUAGUUUGCUCUAUGGCUUCUUUUUUGCUUCAUUGCAAGAUGAUGCUCUGUGUCCCUAUGUUUGCCAUUUGUUAUAUUUACUGACUAAAAAAGAAAAUGUCAAACCAUUUCGUGUGAGAAAAUUGCUUGAUCUUCAGGUAAAAAUGGGAAUGCAGCCUCACCUCCAAGCCUUGUUGUCGCUGUAUAAGUUCUUUGCUCCCACUUUGAUUUCUGUAUCUUUGCCUGUAAGGAGGAAGAUCUAUUUUAAUAAUUCAAAGAAUCUUUGGGCUUCAGCUCUGAUUGCUGUGAAGCAAAGAAACCAAGGAGCUUUUCCAGAACCUCCAAAGCUGAUAUUAGGUCCAAGUAAAGGCCGCUCUCUAAAAAGAAAAUGGAGUUCUCACUCAGUUAUACCAGCACUAAAUUCUGCUAACAUAGAAUGCAGGGGAAAGAAGCAUCUCUCUGAUUUUCUCAGGAGUGAAAUAUCACUUCCGAUAGAACAGCUUCAAAGUUUCCCUCAACUUUUGCAGAACAUUCAUUGCUUAGAGCUGCCUUCUCAGAUGAUCUCAGUGCUGAACAGCUCUCUGCUACUUCACUAUAUUAAUUGUGUCAGUGAUGAGGCAAUCUUACUGAGGCUCAGUUAUUGGCUGAGUCAAACAUUACAAGAAGAAUGUAUAUGGUAUAAUAUAAAUAAUUAUGAACAAGAAAAAGAAUUUACAAACUUCCUGGACAUUGUCAUCAGGGUGCAGUGCUUCUUACAAGAGGGGUUUUACUCCUGUGAAGCAUUCCUGUAUAAGAGCCUGCCUCUCUGGGAUGGCUUUUCUUGUCGGUCACAGUUCCUUCAGCUUUUGACCUGGAUUCCAUUCAUUAGCUUCUCUGAGGUGAAGCCACUUUUUUUUGAUCAUCUAGCACCUCUCUUCUUUACAUCAACCAUUUAUUUCAAGUGUAGUGUUCUACAAAGUCUGACAGAACUACUUCAGAAUUGGCUGCUGUGGCUUUCCAUGGAUGAUCACGUGCAACCGGUGACAAGCAGUCCUCUGGAGACAACUUUGGGUGGAUCCAUGGACUCUGUGGUUCAGUUGAUUGACUACGUAGGCUGGCUGUCCGUGAUUGCAAUACGCUUGGAGAGCAACAGUACAUUGUUGUUGCACUUUAUUUUGGACUUCUAUGAGAAGGUGUGUAACAUAUAUAUAAGUUAUGAUCUUCCAAUAUUGGUGUUAUUUCCUACUGCAAUCUUCCAUUCUGCACUCCUGAGCCUGGAUGCCAGUAUCUUGAACCAACUUUGUUACAUUAUAUACAGGUAUCGCAAUAAUUUGACAGCUGCAAAGAAAAACAACCUUUUAAAGAAGGAAAAAUCAGAGUUCAGUCUCAGCAGCAAGAUCUGUCAAGAAUUUAAUUACUAUUUGACAGUUAUGGUUCAUUGCUUAUGGAUGUCCACACCAUUUGAAAAAGGAGUAUACAUUGAUCCCCAAAUCUUGGAAAAUACUGAAGUAACAGAGUAUAGAAACAGCUUAAAUUUAGUCCACCAUCCUUCUCUAUUGAGCUAUGCAGCUUGCUUUUUGCUACAGGAAAGCCCCGAAGAAAGGACAGUAGACGUGAGCUCUAUUCGGGGGAAGAAAUGGAACCGGUAUUUGGACUAUUUAUUUUCAGAGGGUUUUCAGGGCCUGAAACUUUUCAUAAAAAGUAGUAUCCAUUGUUCUUCUGUAUCCUAAACAGAGAAGCAGUCCACAGUGGUGAACAGUAAAAGAAUGUUGUCAUAAACAAA